AUGUUUGCUCUGAAGCCUCUGCUGCUCUGUCUGUUGGCAGCGUCCAGCUCUGCUUUUGCAAUUAAGCAACCCCACCCUGUAUCGGCUGCCAUCAAGAUGAGUAAUGGAGGAGCUCCUGUACCAGAUUUGAAGGCACCAGCUGCUCUUUACCAAGGAGCCGUCGCUGCUGGAGCAGCCAAAGGAAAGUCCGCCCCGGGGAAAAUUUUCAAGCUUGGAGUUGUGAGCGGUUGUCACAUUGCAUUUGGGGCGUACCUUGCCAUCACUGUUGGAGGAGCCUGCCCGGGACUAGCUGCACAGAACCCUGGAUUGCAGAAGAUGAUUCUAGGGGCCUUUGGUCUCCCGUUCGGCUUGAUCAUGACCCUUGUCACUGGAGGCGAACUCUUUACCGGCAACACGGCAUUAGUAACAGCUGCGUACAAAGAGGGGGAGAUAGAAUUGAAGGAUUUGAUUAAGAGCUGGGUCAUUUCCUACAUUGGCAACUUCGUCGGAUCUCUCUUGCUGGCAUAUCUUGCAUUCAAGAGUGGCACUCUUGCUAGUGGGCCCGCUUCUGUUGCUAUUGCCACUGCCAAGUCCAACUUGCCAUGGGACGUUGCGUUUGUUCGUGGAAUCCUCUGCAAUUGGCUUGUGUGUAUGGCUGUUUACAUGGCAUCUGGAUGCUCGACUAUGAUUGGGAAGAUGACUGCUGUUUGGUUCCCUAUCUCGGCCUUUGUUGCACUUGGUUUGGACCACAGUAUUGCCAACAUGUUCAUUAUUCCACUUGGUAUCCUUCGGGGAGCUGAAAUCACCGUCAAGCAGAUGUUCUUGAAGAAUCUCAUUCCGGUAACUCUAGGAAAUAUUGUGGGAGGUGCGCUCUGUGUCAUGGCACCCUUUGGACUCUCCUUCGGACACUGGGGCGGAAAGAAAGAGUAA